AUGGCGAGCGACACGCCACCGCGCGCCUUGACCCGCGCUCCCACGACGCCGUCGCUCUCUCGAUACGACCGACGCGCGGUAUCUGCUCUGAAUGAUGAUCCAGACACGUCUCGACAGACGCAGCUGCAAUCUCCAGUCCCGAGCGGUCUUCCAGCGCGAACGCCCGUGCGUUUAACGCCCAAAGGCGGCGCCUCACACAGCUGGCAAUCAGGACGAGGGGGUGGACGCCACCACCAGCGCAAGCGUCCGUCAUCCAUCGACAGUAGCGUAAGCUGGAGCGGCAGUGAGGUUGAGUCAAUGGGCGCGUUUGGUGCAGCGCGUGGCGACCAGGAGCAGGUGUCGAGACUUAGCUGGGCUUCGUCUGUGAGAGAUGACGUACCAGCUACAGAGCAGGUGAAUGUGACGGCAACUGCUGCAUCACUAUUUGGGUCAUCAGCUGUGGCUCUGCCGCGUGCAGCUGCUGCUGGGAGAGAGCCAAUGGGUGGCAGUGGAAAUGGAAGUGGCGUGCAGUCGCUUAACGAGGUGCCCGGACAACAACUGAAAAGUCGUGCAGGUUCUCGGUUUACGAGCUCGGAGCACGUACAUGUGACUCCUCCACCUUCUUCGUCUUCUUCAGUGUACGACGAAGAGAAGGACGGUCCGCAGUCGUGUCCAUCGACUUUCGUAAAUACGAGAGCACCUCAUUUUUCCAUCGACAAGCUGCGUCAGUUGCGGAGUACAGAACUUGUUGCGUCCACGCUACUGCCUACGCGCGCCAGCGUGGAUGGCCUCAUGGGAUACGUGCGGGAGCUGCAGCUGUCCGAGGCGACUUUGCGCAAGCAGCUGGAGAAGACUAAACAGCACACUGAAAAGGAGCUGUCCAUGUCGUUGUCAAAAGUGGGCGAACUAGAGCGCAAUAUGCAGGAGAUAGAGCGGGACCACGAGUUGGCACGGCGGAAGCUACAAGAACAGGAACGACUCAUUCGCGACCUCGCACACAAACUGAAACAGGCAGAGGCCGCGAAGUCGGCUCGGUCUAAUGUUGAAGAGCUCUCGUCAAUUGCUGGAGAAGCAAGCUUACCAUCAGAGAACGGAGUAGCGGCUGUGACGGCUGCGCAGAAACAAGUAGAUACAGCCGUCGUCACGGCGUCGACUCCGGCUGCCUCCAUGCAAAACUUGAUGCAACAAGAACAAUCAUCGUCAACUCCCGUUCUCCUCGACCAGACCAAUGAAAACAAUCGAUCUGCCCAGCACGGACUCGCAUCACCUCCUCGAUCACCGGAGCGAUCACUUUGGGACCCGUGGGUGUCAGAAGGAGUGGCUUCUGUGACGAACCAUCCGCCUGUGUUUACCAUUGGAUCAACUGAGUUAGAUCCAGUAGUGUCGUCGUCCUCCGCAGUUGCUCAGACGUUGAUGACUAACUCGGAGACGGCUGCAGAUCGACUGUAUGAGCUCAAGUCAGUACUCCAGUCUCCGCGUCAGGAACAGGAACAGAUUAGAGCUGUCCAAAACGAUGUGUCUACUCAGCGCAUAGAGACGGGUGCUAUUGCAGUUCCUCUUGGUGUGCAACAAGAGCACGCACAGCAGUACAUUCCUGCAAUAUCCAGUGUGACUUCAACGCCGUCGCUGAUGUACUCGAGCUCCUCGCAGCACGAUCUUGUGUCGACAAGGGCGCAGAAUGCCGCGCAUCAUGUGCAGAGCAAAAACCAGUCUCAUGCCGAGUUUGUUUCGCAAGCUAUUCCAGUUACGUCUACUGACACGAUGUAUUCAAGCAACGGCGAGUUAUGGGAGCAAAGAGAUGAUGUGAAUAUUUCAGCGGAUGGCUCUACGACGCAUACCGGUGACUCAGAAAUCGGUACACUACAAGGUCAACUGGAAGGUCGCUUGUCUACAAGUUCGGUACCUCCGCCAAAAAGAGCUGGGGGUGAAAUUAGUGAUGACGUAGUACUUAUCGGUUCCGUACAUCCUGCUGAAAUCUCAACCGCCAUGUCGCUGUCGCAGCGUCCAGUGGAGCAGCCUCAAUUUCCGUUGGAGCCAUCCACAGGCACUAGUGUCGGCGCAAAAGUGACUGGGCAGGAACAAGAAUCCAACAUUGGAGCAGAAAAUUCUUUCAGCACCUCCGGGUUUCCGCCAUCAAGUGUAUCUCCUCGCCCACCCUUGUCAACUCAUGUAAGUGAGGCACGCUGUACUACUUCUUCGAUCCAAGAUGACAGUUCGGCUGCGCCUAUUGAACCUGUAUCAUUAGAGACGUUGCUGGUGGACUUCUUCACGGAGGUAGACAACAAACGCUUGAAGAUGGCAAAGGUGUACGGAAAACGGUAUGCAGGCCGCGAGAAGUGGCUGUUCGCUGAGUUGACAAAGCGAUACGGUGCAGCAAAGGUGGCAGCGCUGAAGGCUCGGUUUGACACCGGAAGUGGUGGUCAUGUUUUUGCUGAAGCCAAUUGCGCUGAUGGACCGGAGGCACAACGUGCAACGAAAUCAUCCGACGCCCCAAAUCAUGCUGAGCCAGGUCGUCGAGGUUCUUUACAACGACCGCAGGUUUUCCAUCCUCCUACACCUACCAGCAAUGCGGGAUUCAGUGAUGGUGCAGGUGCGACCUCAGUGUCCACCGCGGAUGCUGGUCUUCAAGUAAGGGGCGAAUCGCGCCCUCAGAGUCGGCAGGUUGCAGCUGAGGUUGGGACUUUUCCAAUUCCGAGUGAAAGCGUUUCUGUGAAUGCUACAUCAUCUCAGCAGCGCCAUUCUGGAGGCAACAUGCCUUCUCCAUCUGGUUUCCACACUUCGUUCCCAAGUCCGCAGGAGACUGGCGAAGAACUCAAUGCGGCUUCUGUUGGUGAUACGGGUGCCUCAUCGCUUAAGCAUGGUCCAUUUUCUAUGACGCAACGCGGAGAGCCAUUCGGUCAUCGGUCUUUCCCUCCUCAGACGGGAACAGAAAGCGGCGAUGCGUCGUUGGGGCUUCGUCAGCGUCGCCAAACGUCUACUUGCAGCCAGGAUGAUGCCGCUGUGACCUUGGAAAGUUUGCUGGAGGAACUGUACAAGAAUCACCAACCUGAUAAGCUGAAGAGUGUCUCUACUCUCGCAAAGCAGUAUGCUGGUAAGGAGCGUGAGCUUGUUGUGUUACUGAAGGGGAAGUACGGUGCCCUGAGCGUGAAACGGCUGGAAGAAAGUCUGGACGUGCUGGAGCGCGCUCACCUUGCUCGCUUGAGCAGUGAUGCUACCGGAAAGCGGCGCGGCUGUUUCGUUCGUACCAUCUCGCUUCUGUUUUGGCUCUCGCUGCUGCUGUACUUCUCGUGUGGCGUUGUUUUUAUCAGCUUUGUCGUCUUGGACGUGUGGGAGUGCCAUUCUCUAGACAGUGAGGAGCAAGAGCCGGAAGGUGCUGAGGAGUGUUCUCUGCUAAAGGAGGAGCUUGCGGCAUUUACGUACGAGCGCGUUGCUGACUACAUGGGUCAGUCACAUCCAGAAGCUUGUUUCUGCUCGGAGUGGAAGGCGCGCGAAAGUGCGUUGUUCACUAACUAUUCGGGCGAAGACAUUGUCAAUCUGGCGAGAAUGGUUCCGUUCUCACCUGAAAAGUUUGGAGCAUCGUGGGUUGCAACUGUGAAGGCACAAGUACCAUCGCAAGAGUUUGUCGACAGCUAUGCCAAGCCUGUGGUGGACUUGUCGUUGGAUGUCGGCUCAUUCGUGUGGUCGUCCGUUCUCGAGCUCGCGGGGUCCAACAAGGCUUCGGAGGUGUCCCCAAUCAUGGGACGUGGCGACGAUCAUGAUCAUAGUGACAUUUCAUCUUCGGACGAAGACGACGCAGACUCAUAUCAGGGAAGUGCGGGGGUGGACAACGAUGAUUUCGCCGGCAAUGAUGGUGCAGAUGCUUUACCGAGAGGUGAUGAAGAGCUGGUCGAAGACCCAACAGUUGCGAUGACACCAGGUGUAUUCGACCAUGAUUCUCCCGAGAAGAAUACCGACGCGCUUGAAACAAGGCCUGUUGCUGAUGAGCUCGCCACUACUGUGGCAGACGACGUGUGGGAGCAGCACGAAGAUGGUAUUCCCGUUUUAGCCGAUGAGCGCGACAUUGAUGUGGUAGACGAUGUGUUGGGGAAGCACGAGGAUGUUGUUCCCGCUACGCCAGAUGGGCUUGACACUAAUGUGGUAGAGGAUGUGUUGGUAGAAAACGAGGAUGUUGUUCCUGCUACGACCGAUGGGCUUGACAACAGUGCGGCGGAUAGUACGCCAGUGGAGAACGAGAAUGACGUUUCCAUUGCGGAUGACGAGACAUUCGUUGGCAAAAAGAGCUCGGCAUUCGAAAUGACAGAACAGCUGCCGACUGUACCAGAGCCAAUCGAUAUGCUGGAGGUAGGCGAUACCGUACCAUCUGGAGUAGCUGAGUCGAUUGAUGCUAGUAAGCAGGCGCCAGGUGAAGAGACCGAAGCAGGGACUGACACGGAGACUACGUGGGACGGAUCUGCGACUACCAUGACUGAAGAUUACGAGUUCGCUGGUGGUGUCGAUGACGCGCCUGAAACCGAGAUCGAAGUAUUGGAUUCUGCGCUUACGAAUGCUGCUGAUCGUGCUACUGAAAAAGCACACGGGGUGGCAGCGGAAAACAACGAACAGACAUCAACUGGCGACGUUGCAGCUGAAGCGGGAAGUGUUGUGGAGGUGGAAGUGCGCCAGGAGGGUCUAGGCUUGUCGUACCCCGAGAGAGAGUCAGCUGAAGCACUCGGUGGCAAUUCUGCUGAGAUGUCCGAACUGUCUGUGCAGGAAAACGUAGCAUCUCUGCUCGGCAGUGGUGAAGGGCUGGUCACAUCAAGUGAAAAAACGGAGGUUACACCACAAGUGACAAACGCUGUUGACGGGGAGUCCGCUGCGCACGUCAGUGACAGCACUGAGGCUGAUGUGGGGAUGAUGCAUGUGGAGUUAGACGAUGAUGCGGCAAGCGAGGUGUCUGAGUUAGACGCUGACACAGCUAGAGUUGAGGGACUUGAGAACGAAGAAUCGACUGAAGUAUCGCAGGUGGAGCUUUCAUCUGAACUCUCACCUGAGCUAAGCUCAGAAUACGAGUUUGUAACGCACGUCAGCGAUCCGCCUUCGGUUUCUACUGGCGUUGAUAUAUCGGUGGCUACGUCGGAUGCUGACGAAAGUACCGCCAGCUCGCUGUCUGAGGGACCGGAGCCGGAUGUUCGUGAGAAUGAGCUGGAUAACGAUGUGGAUGCGGGUGCUGAAUCCGAUGAAACGCCUGAUGACGACAAGGUCAUGUCAUUCGAAGAUGAUGGUGCCGGCACCUUAGCAUUUACUCGAGACCGAGCAAUAUCCCACCAACCCGAAUGA